UGCCCCGAUGACCUUUUUCAUGAAAAUCGGAACAAUCCCGGAAAACCUUGGAAAACGCAUAUAAAUAAAUAUGAGGAAAUAUAGAUUAAUGUAAUUCCAUACCAAGAAUACAGCAUUAAAAAAAUGAGUUCAAAACAACCAGAGCACUUAGCACCACCUGAAAAAUAGCAUGUGAAAGAAAAGUAAAAGGUGAUCUAUUGGAACAUAAUGCUGGAAUGGGUGUUCCAUUCAAACCACGAACAUUUGAUGCAUGUGUCAGGUUAGAGGUGGUAAAGCUGUUAUUCAAUUCUACCCUGGUAGUGGUUCAGAUAGUGCAAAAUUUGUAUUAACAGUUUGUGACUACAAACAAUCAAUCAAAUUCAUAUUUGGUAAACCAGCUAAAAAAAGCAAGGAUUGGAUUGUUCCAAAGAAAAAAGACAGACGCAAAAGAGGAAUGGAAAAAGAUGUGAGAGCUGACUGCAAAUAUACUGGUAGGAAGCGAAAACCGCAAUUUAAAAAAAUCCUAAAUAUGUUUGCGAUUUAGUAAUCCAUUUAAAUGGAGCUGUGGAGUAUUUAUUGGUUGGAAUCUACAGAAUGAAGAUUUUUAUUGAAACAAAAUUACCAAAACAAAAGACUUUUUUUUAAAAGAAUAAUUAUUUGGAUUA